UGGGCGGACAUUUCUAUGAAAGAAAAUAGCUCAUAAACACACUUCAACGGUGCCAGCUACCAAACCCAACCAUCUCUCUCUCUCUCUCUCUCUCUCUCUCUCUCUCUCUCACUCUCUCUCUCUCGAUUUCCACAUCUCUCGAUCUCGAUUUCUGGUUCUGGCAUUUCUGCUCAUCUUCUAUGGAAACUGCUGCGAUUCUCCGCUCAUUUCACUGUACUGUAGGAACAAUUCCACGAGUUCAGUCCUUCCUUGAGAAGCCUGGUCUUCCUAUAUAUAAUGCUACCUCGAACAAGCCAUUAUUUAUGCCAGGGCUCAGAGUAGGGAGAAGGUUUAUUUCCUCUCCAGUGGAUAGAAAAGAAUCAUUCAUACCUAAUGCAAAGGCCUCCGAAACUACAUUACCUGCAACACCUGAUGUUUCUUCAGAUAGCAGUUCACAAGGGCCAUUGGAGGAGAAAAAUCUGCGGGCUACAACUUUUCCUAAUGGGUUUGAGUCACUGAUCCUGGAAGUGUGUGACGAGACAGAUGUUGCAGAACUAAUAAUGAAGGUUGGAGACUUUGAAAUGCAUCUGAAACGGAACAUAGGAGCCAUAGUAGCUCCAACACCACCUGUUGUUUCACCUUCAACACCACCUCCUGUUCCAACCAAACCCAUGGUUGAAUCAGUAUCUACCGCCCCACCAGCUCCGCCGCCAAAAUCCUCUCUAGCAACCUCUAGCCCUUUUGCAAAUGUAUCUCUGACGAAGUCAUCAAAGCUAACGGUUUUAGAGGCUUCAGGAAAUACUUCAUACGUCAUAGUAUCAUCACCGACGGUUGGUUCAUUCCGAAGGGGAAGAACUGUGAAAGGAAAGAAGCAGCCUCCAAUUUGCAAAGAGGGGGACAUCAUCAAAGAAGGGCAAAUCAUUGGUUAUUUGGAUCAGUUCGGAAAUGAGCUUCCAGUUAAAUCGGACGUAGCUGGAGAAGUCCUAAAGCUUCUAUACAAGGAGGGUGAGGCAGUAGGCUACGGUGAUCCGAUUGUUGCUGUCUUGCCUUCAUUCCGUGGGAUUUAGUGAGCUCCUCUUUCUGGCCACACCACUGUUCUCUUACACCAGGAGCCUUCUAUUUCUCAACUCUUAUGUAAUUUUUCCAGUGAGUAAAUGGAUGUAAGCAGCUAUAUUUUAUUUGCUGGACAUUUUAUCUGAUAAUUAGAUAUUUGCGGGAGUAAUAAAUUUAAGGAGAGUUAAGGAUUUGUUUUA